CGCGUCUGCGGGCGGGUCUCCGCUCAGCUGUUCGUUCCCGCCUCCCCUUGCAGCCUGGGGCUCUGCGGGGGGGCCGAGCGAUGCUGCCUGCAGCCCCAUAAGGGACUCGGGAGCUGCCCGGCUGCUCCGGGGCGAAGGGCUCGAGUCGGGUUUCAGCUUCUGCCUUCACCUCUCUGGUUGUUUUCAGGCUCCUGGGUCUAGUCUGCACCGUCGGGAAGAGCAGGAAGCCCGGACGGGGGUGAGACCGCAGCCGGCACCAUCUGGCUGAGAGCGGGUUUCCUGUGGCCCAGAGCCGCUCCGCAGCGGUGUGGUGUUAACCCUUUGGAUCCCUUGUCUGUCUUGGCGGAGGCUUCUGAGACAUUGAGUGAUCAUGGUGGAGGCUUCAGUGAGCACUGGGAAGGUGACUCUCUUCAGCCAGGAUCUGAAGAGCAGGAGCACCUAUCGGGUCCCUGCACUGCUCUAUAUCCCCACAGAUACGCUCCUGGCGUUUGCGGAGAAGCGCUCUUCUACCAGGGAUGAAGACGCUGAGUACCUGGUGCUGAGACGAGGUCGGAAGACAGGAGCUUCGAUCGAGUGGGAGCCUGCAGAGCCCUUGAAGAGCGCAGUGUUAAAAGGUUACCGCACAAUGAACCCCUGCCCAGUGUACGAGUGGAAGAGCCAGACUGUCUUUCUGUUCUUCAUCUGCGUGAGGCAGCAUGUCUCGGAGCAAUGGCAGAUCUACACCGGGCGGAACGCUGCCCGGCUAUGCUACAUCUGCAGCAGAGACUCUGGCCAGACCUGGAGCUCGUUAAUAGACUUAACAAAGAAGGUGCUAGAGGACGACUUGAAGGACUGGGCCACGUUUGCGGUGGGACCAGGUCAUGGUGUGCAGCUCAGCUCUGGGCGGCUGGUGAUCCCAGCUUACGCCUACCACAUCACUGCCCGCUGCUGCAGCUUUCCGCUGCCCUGCUACACCCAGCCCCGGUCCUUGGUCUUCUAUAGUGAUAAUGAAGGGCAGGACUGGCAUAAAGGUGAGCUGAUGAAGAGAAUGAAGACUGUGGAAUGCGAGGUGGCUGAGAUAGUGUGCCAGGCCUGCGACCCUGUGCUCUACUGCAGUGCCCGCACUCCGCACCGGUGCCGGGCAGUGGCGCUCAGCACAGACCAGGGGCUGACCUUCGAGACCCCCUCUGCAUGCAAUCAGCUGUAUGAGCCCCCUCAUGGAUGCCAGGGGAGUGUGGUGAGCUUCAUCCCGACACUGGAGCUUCUGAAGGUGGAUGAGUCAGAAGAGUCAGCUGCCUCAGACCAGGAGAAGUCCAGUCUGAUGAACCAUGGGAAUGACACCUCCGCCACCCACACAAGUGCCGUGUCGUGGCUGCUUUACUCCCACCCGACGGAUAAACACAAGCGGGUCAACCUGGGCAUCUACCUCAAUUGCUCCCCAUUGGAGGAGGACAAGUGGAAAGCCCCCUGGAUUCUGUACAAAGGGCCGUGCGGCUACUCGGACCUGGCCGUGUGCCAGGAGGCACCGCUCUUGUUUGGCUGCCUGUUUGAGUGCGGGAUGGCUCACGGGUGUGAGGAAAUUGCCUUCCAGCUCUUUACUGCUGAGGAGCUCCAGAAGGGCAGAGGCUCCCCCUACUCCUUGGAGCAGCAGCCCAAAGCAAAGCUAAAAGUCAUCUAACGGCAUCUGGGAAGGGAGAGUCCUCCUUUCUCCCCAAGAACCCCAGCCCCAUGAGGCCUGCAGUUCUGCAAGCUGCCUCUUCUUUCGUGUAUCUCUAGUUUGGGUACCUAGGGCCUGCCUUGCGGAGGAGCUAAACAUCUGCCUCUUCCUGUGGCUGGCGGGCCCUGGGCAUGCCAGGCUUGUUGCAUAUGUGCAUGUAUAUAUCUGUUAUAUGUUCUUGGAGUGGAUGCAAUAGUGUGUUUGAGAAGAGCACGUGUAUUGUGUUGGCAGCUGUCAUGAUCAUGAGGGCUAGCCAGCAGCCUGGGAACUAAGGGGUUAUCCUUACCUAAGCCAGGUGGAGUGGCCAAUUGAAAUUCCUACCUA